AUGACAUCGACACCGACACCGACGGUCCCCUUCUUCAAGAAGAAAGGCAAGGCUCGACCGACGACUGGGCGUAGACGUUCUGCAUCUCCUGUUGCGCGUGCAGAAGCGUCGUCGUCAUCGAAAUCCCAAGUAGUAUUACCAAGCAAAAAGGCGGCAUCAAACCUUCUUAGUGCAGGCACGAAGCGCAAAAUAUCAGACAGAGACGAUGACUUGGAUGCACCAGAAAGAGAAGGUCCUGAUGUCAAGUGGUCGUCGUCGGGCUCUCAUGUCAAUGCUGCGCUGGACAUUAUAGCUGGAGAUGAACUCGAGGAGCAAGAGGAGAAGAGGCGGAUAAAGGAAAAGGCGGCUGCUGGGAGCGACGACGAGAUACCAGAUGACGGACAGUAUCGGGGACAAAGUGCGUACAAGAGCCACCUGAAGAAGAACAAAGAGGUACCCAAAGCCAUGAGGGUUGGACCGCAACGCAGCACAAACACGAUCCGGACGGUCACAAUCGUGGAUUAUCAGCCGGACGUAUGCAAGGAUUACAAAGAAACUGGUUACUGUGGUUUCGGUGAUACUUGCAAGUUUCUCCACGAUCGCGGAACCUAUCUCGCUGGCUGGCAGCUGGACCAAUUAGCUGAAAAUCCUAAAAAGAAAGUUGAGGACGACUCCUCUGGAUCCGAUUCGGAUGAUGAAGAUAUCCCUUUUGCCUGCUUAAUUUGCCGGAAACAUUAUACAGAUCCUAUAGUUACUCGUUGCGGACACUACUUCUGUUCGGCCUGUGCGAUCAAACGUUUCGCAAAGACUCCCAAGUGUGCCGCAUGCGGUGCGCCUACAGGUGGAAUGUUUAACCGAGCAGAUAAGGUCAUAGCGAAGAUGAACAAGAAAAGGCAGGAGAAGGGGGAUCAAUCUGACGGCGAGAAUGAUGAAGGAGAAGGUGUUGAAAUUGAGGGACUAGGUGACGAGAGCGGGAGUGACAAGAAAGGUCAUGAUGGAUCUAAUAGUGAUUCCGACGAGGACUCCGAUGAGGAUUGA